CCCUCCCCUCUUAUCCCCAAAAGCCCUCGCUCUCUCUCAGCCAAAAACCAUUUCACUUUCUUCCAUCCGCCUCUCUACCCUUCUCCGCCAUGGCUCAAUCCCUAGCCCGAGCUUUCGCCGUCGUGUCCCUCCGCCGUCCAGUCACCCUCUCCUCCCUCCUCUCCAAGCGCCUACUCUCCUCCACCUCACGCCCCUCGAUCACUGCGCCGCCUCCUCUUCCCAACCUCCCCUUCCACCGCCGCUCUCUUGCCCCGCUCCCUCUCGCCGCCGUGGCUGCUGCCUCCCACGCCGCAGGGGCCCGUACGACCACCAUCCGAUGCCGUGCCAGCCGAUCCGGGUCAAACUCCGCCUACUCUCCUCUCAACUCCAGCUCCAACUUCAGCGACCGCCCUCCCAACGAGAUGCAGCCUCUGUUCGCCGGCUGCGACUACGAGCACUGGCUCAUCGUCAUGGAUAAGCCUGGUGGUGAGGGAGCUUCAAAGCAGGAGAUGAUCGAUGCUUACAUUCAAACCGCUGCUAAAGUCGUCGGGGGUGUGGAAGAAGCAAAGCAGAAGAUUUACAACGUUUCUUGCGAGAGGUACUUCGGGUUCGGGAUUCAGGUUGACGAGGAGACGUCGAACCAGUUCGAAGGAAUACCAGGCGUGCUGUUUGUGCUACCAGAUUCCUAUGUGGAUCCUGAAUACCAAGACUAUGGAGCUGAGCUCUUCGUGAAUGGGGAGAUUGUCCAAAGGCCCCCUGACAGGCAAGCGAGAGUAACACCUCCACCUCAACGAGCCAAUGACAGGCCGAGAUAUAAUGACAGGACCCGAUAUGUCCGUCGCAGGGAGAACAUGAGGUGAUUGAAAUGGAUGGAAUUCGUAUGUAUAUCUUGUUCUGCAGAAUGUGCUGGAGUCAUUAGAAAGUCUAUGGGAAAUUGGGGGCUUUCUUCUUAACUACCUGUAGUAGGUCUUUCUUGAACCCAUGUUAAAGCUGUGGAAGUGGCCUCGAUAACUUGGAACUCGUACAAAACAAUAACAGUGUUGUCUGCUGUUGUUGUCUCCUGGAUCACUAUAUGAUUCUAUGCUAAUUAAUCCGUCACCGAGUGUGGCUUUUGAGA